AUGAAAGGCCUGCUGGUGCCGUUCGUACUAGUCGGCCUUCUGGGUCGGUUCGACCAUGUUGCUGCUUCACCCACGGUCGACGUCGUCCACCCGCCGAACCACCAAGGCGGCACCACCGCGUUGUCCGAUGGCAUUAUCGGAUCCGACUCCAAGACUUCUCCACUACUCGAAGCCCGGUCGUCCAAGGAUGGAAUGACCAAAGCUGCGUCGGCCAAUGGUGCACCAGCAGAGGAUUGCUUCCUUCCAUUGCUCGGAGGCGGUCUUCCGAACAUGUUUCAGCCUGCCGCGCCAGGCAUGUCAUCCUUGACGCCUGGCAUGUCUUCGCAAUCCUCGCCGUCAUCAUCGCCUUCACCUUUGUCGCCGCUGCCCGUCACCGACACUUCGGGUUCUGCUGGACUCGGUGCUUCCGCCGCGCUUAGUGGUUCUGGCGCACCCGGUGCGUCGAGCUCUGCUGGACUCGAUGCACAUGGCGGACUCAGUGGAUCUGUCGGACUCGGUGGACCCGGUAAGUCAGGCAGUUCAGGCGGUGCAGACAGUUCAGGCAGCUCAGGCAGCUCAGGCAGCCCAGGCAGCCCAGGCAGUUCAGACAGUUCAGGCGGUGCAGGCGGUGCAGACAGUUCAGGCGGUGCAGACAGUUCAGGCAGCUCCAGCAGCCCAGGCAGUUCAGGCAGCUCAGGCGGUGCAGGCAAUUCAGGCAAUUCAGGCAAUUCAGGCGGUUCCAGCACUACCGACACUACGACCGGAGGCGCCUCCGACAAAGAGUGUGACAAGCACAAGAAGGAGCAAGAGGGCAGCAAUGGGUCUGCUCGGUCAGGCGCGAUCUUUGGCGAUUCGGACACCGCUUCAUCUCUGCAUUCUUCGGGAGGAGAUACAGACAAUGGAGCCGCUUCCGACUGUGCGGCAUGCAAGGGCGAAUCAUCAUGGCAGCGCGAUGACGACAGUUCUGGAUCCGCAAGUGCAUCGCCCUCUCCAACGUCUUCGGACAGCGACGAUUCGGAUGCUUCUUCGUUGGCGGGUUCAGGUGGGAGCGAUGCAGACAGUGGGCACAGUGGUGCCUCUCAUAGCAACACUGGGGGCGACUCGGUUUUGCCCGCAUCUUCCGCUUCCGCAGGUGGAACAGGUACUGGUAAGAAACAAGAUUGCGAGAAAGGAAAGCAUACUGCUUCGUCUCAGACGACAGGCGGUACAACGUCGGGCAACACCCCGUCUUCUCCUUCUAGCGACGAAGAGGACGAGGAAGAAAGCAGCUCUGGUGCUCCAGCGUCUUCGGCUUCUACGCCUGCUUCGACAACUGACGGUUCCGAGGAUCAAGAAGAUCAAGCCGAUCAGCGCGGGGCUUGGCCUGAAACUUCUGCAACGUCGCCACACGAUUCGCCAGCUACUUCGACUGGCGAUUCUGACAGUAGCACUCCACUCGUCGGAGCUGCAACUGGAACGCGCGACAAAGGUCGCCAUGAACAGGACAAGGGUGGAUCGAGUCGCAAUUUGGCUGGUGGUAGCAGCAUCACAAGCACCUCUCACUGGGAACACCAUACGCACAGCCACCAUUCCACGUACGCCAGUAGCGGUAGUAAGAGCAGUGGUGGUGAUACUGGAAGCUGUGGUCGUCCAGCGACGUUCAAAGAUAUUCUCAAGGUGUUUAUGCCUCCUAGCAGUGAAGCAGGCGCAGGCGGCGUAAGUUCCGGAGGAAGCGGCGUGGCUUUGGUGUCCUCGGGCGGUGGCGGCGUGCCAUCGUCUGGCACUUGGUCGGCUGCCAUCUCCUCGGGUGGAGGCAGUGUGGCACAGUCUGAUGCAUCGUCUCCUGGAAGCGGCUCUUCUGGUGGUAGUGCUGCUGCAGAUGGCAAGGGAAGCGCAUCUUCUCUGAAUACCGAUGACGACAAUCACCAAAGUAGCCAGGGUGACUCGGGCAAGAGCCGCGGUGCUGACUCGAAUGAUGUCUCCUCAACACGCUCGGACACUUCUGACGCGAGCUGUCCUGCAACGUCGUCAAAGGCGACGUUCGAGAUCGCACCUUGCGACAUGGCUGCGCUGUUUGCACAUAUGCAGAUCAGUGCUGCGCAACUAGCCACGUUCGAAGCAGGCCUGCAAGCGCUUCUCAGCUCGCAGAAGGCGACGUACACGGUGGAUGGCAAGCGCGUUUCGGCGGAUCAGCUUUCGACCUCGGUGGGUGCUCAGAUCGGCAGAGCUCUGGACGCUCAUGUCGGUGUUCGAGCUGAUGGCGGUCGUGCUGAUGCUAGCGUUCAUUCGAGAGGCUUGUCGGCUAGCGGACCCAGUCGGUUCUUGUUCAAGGUGCGACGUCGACUGUUUUGA